AUGAAUUCGCCUCCUACACCGGAGAAACUUGUUCACCAAAAGAGCGGCUACAUGCUCGCGUCAACCACAGCACUUAGUUUGGUUCCUGGAGCCAAGUCCCAGCCGUUGCAUAGGUUCUUGAAAGAGUCUGAUAGGCACGUUCCCAGGACCAAAUCGCCUAUCAAGCCCGGCUACGGCCGUGAUCCCCGGAAGCCACCUCUGGACGCUGAUCGCAUGCCCAAAUUUGAAGAAUGCACAUACGCCGAAAUGGAGCCUGGCUCUGCGCUUUUUACGAUGGGAUCAACCUACCAUGGCGCCGGCGAGAACAAGUGCGAGGUCACGGCCCUUUGGCUCUCCCCACUCUCUUUGCCGUCUUCGGACAAGGCUGUUGGGGGCGUUGGAUACGUAGAAGACCAUCAGAUCCCGCAUGAAUUCCUGCACAGGGAUUAUUUUGGGGCAGGAAAGUUUGGUGCGGCAAGUUUGGCUGCUAAGCGUAUAGCAUAG